AUGGAACGUCUCUACGUGAAACGAAUGCUUGAAAACUUGUCUCCGAAAGCACUUCGUGAACACUCCGUGAAGGACUAUCAUGUGAAAGGAGUUCACUAUUUGUGUUUGGAACGAUCGGAGGCAAUCACGACCAAAGUCUAUGUCUUGAAUCCUCAAUUAUUGAGAAUGCAUGGUGAUCAUGGUUUUCGAAUGAUGAAUGAAAAGGAACAACAACGACGACAUGAAUCGAUGGAUCGGAAUUUGGCAAAUCCACACAAUCAUCGUUAUCAUUUCAAAACGACCGUGUUGGCAGGUGAAAUGGUGAAUAAGGUAUUUCAGGAGAGAGACAUUCCCGAAAAAGAAGAAGCAUUUCAAUUAAAUUAUCAUCAGUGGCAUUCUUCAGAUGCACUCCAUCAAGAUCUUUACUUAUUUUGGAAAUUUGCAUACUUUUAUCAAACGAAUGAAUUUGAGAGAAUGCAUCAAGUGUUAUUGGAACCCUCACAAUUCGAAUAUUUACGGAAUGGAGAAUCGUAUGAAUUGAGUCCUGAGAAAAUUCAUACGAUUCAAGUCAGUGAUCGGGAAUGCACCAUUCUCUUUUUACAGCAAUUUCCGAACGUGAAGGGAUUAUAUUCGAGAUAUUCGGAGAAGGAAGCAAAUGAACUGAGAAGAAAAAUUUUGGAAUUAAUUUAA